CCCGCUGCAGGAGCUCCGGGUCUCAUCUUCACUUUUCUGUGUCUUCUGCUCCUAGAGUCCCAGCCUCUGUGGCUCUGCGACCUGAAGGUAUUGGGAGUUCCACAGCUAUGACGCCGGGACCCCCUGGAGCCCUAGAAAUGACCGCUGGAGACAAAUUCAGCUGAUUCUUUUAAUGGGAAAAAGAAGAAAAUGUGCAGAGUUCUUAUUGAAAAGAGCUUCCAAUUCAAGCCCCACAAGAGGAUUCUUGGAUUUCGCUCAAGAAAAAAUUCAGGGAGGCCGGGUGCAGUGUCUCAUGCCUCUAAUCCCUGCACUUUGGGAGGCCGAGGAGGGUGGAUCACGAGGUCAAGAGAUCGAGAGCAUCCUGGUCAACAAGGAGACACUGACAUUUAGGGAUGUGGCCAUAGAAUUCUCUCUGGAGGAGUGGCAAUGCCUGAACCCUGCUCAGCAGGAUUUGUAUAGAAAUGUGAUGUUAGAGAACUACAGAAACCUGGUCUUCUUGGGUAUUACUGUCUGUAAGGAAAACCCGAUCACCUGUCUGGUGCAAGGAAAAGAGCCCUGUAAUGUGAAGAGACAUGAGAUGGUGGCCAGACCCAAUGCUAUCUGUUCUUAUUUUCCCAAUUACCUUUGGCCAGAGCAAGACAUAAAACAUUCUUUUCAACAAGAGAUACUGGGAAGAUACAGAAAAUGUGGACAUGAAAAUUUACAGUUAAGAAAAGGCUGUGAAAGUGUGGUGGAUGAAUGUAAGGUGCACAAAGAAGGUUAUAAUGAACUCAACCAGUGUUUCACAACUACCCAGAGCAAAGUAUUUCAAUGUGAUCAAUAUGUGAAAGUCUUUCAUAAAUUUUUUAAUUCAAAUAGAGAUAAUAUAAGACAGACUAGAAAGAAACCUUUCAACUGUCAAAAAUGUGACAAAUCAUUUUGCAUGCUUUUACACCUAAGUCAACAUCAAAGAGUUCAUACUGGGGAGAAUUUGUACCAAUGUGAAGAACAUGGCAAAGCCUCCAAGUGGUUCUCAACCUUUACUAGAGACAAGAGAAUUCAUAUUGAAGAGAAACCCUUCAAAUGCAAAGAAUGUGGCAAAGCUUUUAAAUCUUCCGCAACCCUUAUUACAUAUAAAAUAAUUCAUACUGGAGACAAACCCUACAAAUGUGAAGAAUGUGGCAAAUCCUUUAUGUACCAGUCAAGGCUUACUAGUCAUAAGAAAAUACAUACUGAUGCAAAACCCCACAAAUGUGAAGACUGUGGCAAGGCUUUUAAAUAUUUCUCAGUCCUUACUGAACAUAAGAAAAUUCAUACUGGAGAGAAACCCUACAAAUGUGUAGAAUGUGGCAAAGCCUUUAAUGAGCCUUCAAAUCUAACUACACAUAAGAUGAUUUAUACUGGAGAAAAACCCUACAAAUGUGAAAAAUGUGGCAAAGUGUUUAACCAGUCCCCACUACUUACUGCGCAUAGGAUAAUUCAUACUGGAGAGAAACCUUACAAAUGUGAAGAAUGUGGCAAGGGCUUUAACUGGUCCUCAAACCUUACUAAACAUAAGAGAAUUCACACUGGAGAGAGACCUUACAAAUGUGAAGACUGUGGCAAAGCUUUUAAUCGGUCCUCAAACCUUAUGAAACAUAAGAUAAUUCAUACUGGAGAGAAACCUUACAAAUGUGGAGAAUGUGGCAAAGCUUUUAAUUGGUCCUCAAUCCUUACCAAACAUAAGAAAAUUCACACUCAAGGGAAACCCUACAAAUGUGAAGACUGUGGCAAAGCUUUUAAUCGGUUCUCAUUUCUUACUACACAUAAGAGAAUUCACACUGGAGGGAAACCCUACAAAUGUGAAGAGUGUGGCAAAGGUUUUAAUUGGUCUUCAAACCUUAGUAAACAUAAGAUAAUUCAUACUGGAGAGAAACCCUACAAAUGUGAAGAAUGUGGCAAAGCUUUUAAUCGGUCCUCAACCCUUACUAAACAUAAGAUAAUUCAUACUGGAGAGAAACCUUACAAAUGUAAAGAAUGUGGUAAAGCCUUUAACCAAUCCUCAACUCUUACUAAACAUAAGAUAAUUCAUACUGUAGAGAAACUCUACAAAUGUGAAGAAUGUGGCAAAGCUUUUAACCAUUUCUCAAGUCUUACUAAACAUAAGAUAAGACAGACUAAAAAGAAACCUUUCCAAUGUGAAAAAUGUGACAAAUCGUUUUGCAUGCUUUUACACCUAAGUCAACAUCAAAGAGUUCAUACUGGGGAGAAUUUGUACCAAUGUGAAGAACAUGGCAAAAGCUCCAAGUGGUUCUCAACCUUUACUAGAGACAAGAGAAUUCAUAUUGAAGAGAAACCCUUCAAAUGCAAAGAAUGUGGCAAAGCUUUUAAAUUUUCCACAACCCUUAUUACACAUAAAAGAAUUCAUACUGGAGAGAAACCCUACAAAUGUGAAGAAUGUGGCAAAGCCUUUAAUGAGCCUUCAAACCUUACUACACAUAAGAUGAUUCAUACUGGAGAGAAACCCUACAAAUGUGAAGAAUGUGGCAAAGCAUUUAACCAGUCCCCACUACUUACUGCACAUAGGAUAAUUCAUACUGGAGAGAAACCUUACAAAUGUGAAGAAUGUGGCAAGGGCUUUAACUGGUCCUCAACCCUUACUAAUCAUAAAAGAAUUCAUACUGGAGAGAGACCCUACAAAUGUGAAGAAUGUGGCAAAGCCUUUAAUGAGUCUUCAAACCUUACCACACAUAAGAUGAUUCAUACCGGAGAGAAACCUUACAAAUGUGAUGAAUGUGGCAAAGCUUUUAAUCGGUCCUCAAACCUUACUAAACAUAAGGGAAUUCACACUGGAGAGAGACCCUACAAAUGUGAAGUCUGUGGCAAAGCUUUUAAUCGGUCCUCAAACCUUAUUAAGCAUAAGAUAAUUCAUACUGGAGAGAAACCUUACAAAUGUGAAGAAUGUGGUAAAGCUUUUAAUCGGUCCUCAAUCCUUACUACACAUAAGAAAAUUCACACUCGAGGUAAACCCUACAAAUGUGAAGACUGUGGCAAAGCUUUUAAUCGGUCCUCAAUCCUUACUACACAUAAGAAAAUUCACACUCAAGGGAAACCCUACAAAUGUGAAGACUGUGGUAAAGCUUUUAAUCGGUCUUCAAACCUUACUAAACAUAAGAUAAUUCAUACUGGAGAGAAACCUUACAAAUGUGAAGAAUGUGGCAAAGCUUUUAAUCGGUCCUCAAACCUUACUAAACAUAAGAUAAUUCAUACUGGAGAGAAACCUUACAAAUGUGAGGAAUGUGGUAAAGCCUUUAACCAAUCCUCAACUCUUACUAAACAUAGGAAAAUUCAUACUGGAAAGAAACCUUACAACUAUGAAGAAUGUGGCAAUACGUUUAACCAGACCUUGAACCUUAUUAACAAAAUAAUUCAUACUCGAGAGGAACUCUACAAAUGUAAAGAAUGUGACAAAGCUUUUAACCAUUUCUCAAGUCUUACUAAGUAUUAAAUUUAUACUGUACAGAAAUCCUACAAGUAUGAAAAACUUGGCAAAGCCUUUAAUAAGCCCUCAAUUCUUUUUUUUUUUUUUUUUUUUUUGAGACGGAAUUUUGCUCUUGUUACCCAGGCUGGAGUCCAAUGGUGUGAUCUCGGCUCACCACAACCUAAACCUCCUGGGUUGAGGCAAUUCUCCUGCCUUAGCCUCCUGAGUAGCUGGGACUACAGGCGCUCACCACCACGCCCAGAUAAUUUUUGUAUUUUUGGUAGAGACAGGGUUUCACCAUGUUGGCCAAGAUGGUCUCGAUCUCUUGACCUGGUGAUCCACCCGCCUCGGCCUCCCAAAGUGCUAGGAUUACAGGCAUGAGCCACUGCACCCGGCCAGCCCUCAAUUCUUAACAGACAUAAAAUAAUUUAUACUGAAAAGAAACUUUACAAACCUGAAAUACUUGACAAUGCUUUUGACAACACCUCAAACUUUUCUAACUAUAAAAGAAAUUAUCGUGGUGAGAAAUCCUAGAAAUCUGAAGAAUGAGACAAGGCCUUUAAAUGGUUGUCACACUUGAUUUAGAGUCCGGCUGUGUUGCCCAGGCUGGAGUGCAAUGGUGCAGUGGCAUGAUUGGCUGACUGCAACCUCCAUCUCUCGGGUUCAAGUGAUUCUCAGCCUCAGCCUCAGCCUCCCAAGUAGCUGGGAUUACAGGCAUGUGUCAUGACAGGCACGCAUCAUCACGCCCAGGUAAUUUUUUUUUUUUUUUUUUAGUAGAGAUGGGGUUUGACCAUGUUGGCCAGGAUGGUCUUGAACUCCUGGCCUCAGGUGAUCCACCCGCCUCUGCCUCCUAAAGUUCUGGGAUUAUAGGCUUGAGUCACCGCACUCAGCAAGUCAUGAGGAUGUUUUUAUAUAUAAAGGUAGCAAACAUACCUUACAGGUUUUGCUCUGUAAUAGAUUCUCCAUAAUGAUUCGCAAAGAUUCCUGCUGCAGUUAGUUUGUAACUUCAUCUCAGAGAAAGUAACUAAUACUUUUACAUAGUUAACAUUUUUUGGUGAGAUCAUGUGACAUUGUCUUGUUUUUCAAAAAUCCAAAUACAUUAUGAACUGUAGUCACCAUGUUGUACAGUAAAUCUCUUAAAAUUAUUUGUCCUAUUCGACUGUAAUUAUGUAUUAUUUGACAGACAUUUUUUCAACCCUCCAUUCUAAAUACCUUGACACGUGGUCCCAGCUACUUCAGGAGGCUGAGGCAGGAGAAUUGCUUGAACCCAGGAGGUGGAGGUUGCAGUCAGCCAAGAUCGCACCACUGCACUUCAGCCUGGCGCCUGGUCACAGAGAGAGACUCUGUCUCAAACAAACAAACAAAAUAAUAAAUAGUAUUCCAUUGUGUAUACCUACCACCUUGUCUUCAUUUACUUAUUGGAUGUUGAACUGUUUAUUCUGUAUUUUGACUAUUGUGAAAAGUGCUGCAAACAACAGAAGUGCAAACGUUUCUUCAUUCUGAUAUUAUUUGUUUUGUAUAUAUAUCCAGUAGUGCAAUUGCUGUAUUACAUGGUAGUUAAGUUUUUUUGGAAAUCUCUAUUUCAUUUUUUCAUAAUGGCUGUCCUCAUUUACAUUAAAACCAAACUCUGUUGGCUGGGCACGGUGGCUCACGCCUGUAAUCCCAGCACUUUGGGAGGCCGAGGCGGGUGGAUCACGAGGUCAAGAGAUCAAGACCAUCCUGGUCAACAUGGUGAAACCCCCUCUCUACUAAAAAUACAAAAAAAAUUGGCUGGGCACGGUGGCGCGUGCCUGUAAUCCCAGCUACUCAGGAGGCUGAGGCAGGAGAAUUGCCUGAACCCAGGAGGCGGAGGUUGCGGUGAGCCGAGAUCGCGCCAUUGCACUCCAGCCUGGGUGACAAGAGCGAAACUCCGUCUCAAAAAAAAAAAAAAAACAAAACACCAAACUCUGCAAGGAUUCCCUUUACUUCACAUUUUUACCAACACUUUUUUCUUUUUAAUGAGUCAUUCUAACAGGAAUGAGUUGAUAUCUCAUAGUUUUUAUAUUUUGGCUUACCUUUUUGUGAUAAUAAUUGACAUUGAGCAUUUUCAAAUAUAUCCAUUGGACAGAUGUAUGUCUUUUCCUGAAAAAUACUUAUUUCAGCUACUUGCUUAUUUUUAGUAGUUAUUAGUUUUUUAAUUGUUAAUAUAUUUUUGAUAUCAACACCUUGUCACAUGUAUAAUUUGCAAAUAUUUUCGUCAUUUUUUUUAGUUGUUACCUUCUGUUGAUUGUAUCAGAUUCUGCACAGCAGCUUUUUAAUUUGAAGUGAUGUGACUUAUUUAUUCUUUGUGUCCUGGGAUAUUUACGUUAAAUCAAAAUACUUGCUGCCCAGACCAAUGUUAUAGGGCAUUCAGUGUAUUUUUUUUGAUAAUAGUUUCAGAGUUUCAGGCCUUAAAGCCGCUAAUUUAAUUUCAGUUUAUUUUUACAUAUGGUGUGAGAAGAGGGUCUCAUUUUUUUUUUUUUGUCUGCAUGUGACUAUAAAGUUUUCUUAACAUCAUUUAAUGAAGAUACUGUUCUUUCCCUUUUAAAAAGUCACCUUGGACGGGCACGGUGGCUCAUGCCUAUAAUCCCAGCACUUUGGGAGGCCGAGGUGGGUGGAUCACAAGGUCAAGAGAUCGAGACCAUCCUGGUCAACAAGGUGAAACCAUGUCACUACUAAAAAUACAAAAAGAAUUAGCUGGGCAAGGUGGUUCGUGCCUGUAAUCCCAGCUACUCAGGAGGAUGAGGCAGGAGAAUUGCUUGAACUCAGGAGGUAGAGGUUGCGGUGGGCCGAGAUCAUGCCAUUGCACUCCAGUCUGGGUAACAACAACGAAACUCCAUCUCAAAGAAAAAAAAGUCACCUAUAUUUAAAAUCAGUUAGCUAUAAAUACAUGGAUAUAUUUCUGCUCUUUUUUUCUUCUGCUCCAUGGACCUAGGUUUCUCUGUUUAUUCAAGUACCAUAGUGUUUUGGUUACCAUAGCUUUAUAGUACAUUUCAAACUCAGGUAGGGUGAUACCUCCACUUCUUUUGUCUUGAUUGCUUUGGCUAUUCAGGGUCUUUUGUGGUACCAUAUGAAUUUUAGAUAUACUUUUUAAGAAUUUCUAUGAAAUAUGUCACUGGUAUUUUGAUAGAGGUUGCAUUAAACCUAUAGGAAAUUUUGUGUAAUACAAAUAUUUAUUAAUAAUGCCAGUUCAUGGAUAUUAUUCCAUUUAUGUAUUUUAAAUUUCUAUAAUGUUCUUUACAGUAGAAUAUAAAGUUAAAUUUAAUAAAAUGAUAUAAAUUUUAAA